GCCAACUCGCUCAACCGCUCGCCCCUCCGAAAUGCAGAACUCACCACUCCCGUCCCCGACUGUUGGGCCAGCGCCCGAGGCGUCGCCGCCGUCGCGGCUGCAGGGAAGGGUGCAGCACUACGAGUGGGGCCACCGCGGCGACGCCUCCCUCGUCGCGCGGCUCUCUGGCGCCGGCGUCGAUCAGACCCUCCCCUACGCGGAGCUCUGGAUAGGCACCCACCCCUCCGCGCCCUCCACGGUGCUCCCCGGCGGGAUGCUUCUCCGCGACUGGCUCGCGCGGAAUCCUGGCGCGCUCGGCCCCGACGUCGCAGCGCGCUGGGCCGGCGACCUCCCGUUCCUCUUCAAGGUGCUGUCGGUGGCCAAGCCGCUGUCCAUCCAGGCGCACCCGGACAAGGGCCUGGCGGAGCUGCUGCACGCGCUGCGCCCGGCCACAUACAAGGACGCCAACCACAAGCCGGAGAUGGCCAUCGCCGUGACCGAGUUCCAUGCGCUCUUCGGAUUCGCCGGCAUCGAGGUCCGUGUUGUUUAACGCUCGCAAUGUCACCGGCUCGCACCCAUCGUCUUGUCCCCUAUCACAUGGUUUUCUUUUUCCUUGUUGCACGUUUACAU